AUGGUGUUUGUGACUAAACUACCUACUGAAAACUUUUCUUAUCCUAGAGGCAGCAAAGUCUCCAAAUUCUUUGCUGGGAUUCCUCUAAUAGACCUUUCAAAACCAGACUCCAAACAGCUCAUCGUCAGGGCUUGUGAGGAGUUUGGGUUCUUCAAGAUCAUCAACCAUGGUGUUCCAAUGGAAUUCAUUACCAGGUUGGAAUCUGAGGCCAUCAAAUUCUUCUCCUUGCCACUUUCUGAGAAAGAAAAAGCAGGGCAACCUAAUCCAUUCGGAUAUGGUAACAAGUAUAUUGGGAAGAAUGGUGAUGUUGGUUGGGUGGAGUACCUUCUUCUAACAGCCAACACAGAAUCCAAUUCCCAGAGAUUUUUAUCAGUUUUUGGACAGAACCCAGAAGAGUUUUGUUCUGCUUUGAAUGAUUAUAUAUCAGCUGUGAAGAAAAUGACAUGCGAGAUUCUUGAACUGAUGGCUGAAGGAUUAAAGAUUCAACCGAGGAAUGUGCUCAGCAAGCUUUUGAUGGAUGAACAGAGUGACUCUUACUUCAGGUUAAAUCACUACCCACCAUGCCCAGAGCUUCAAGAUUUGAGUGCCAGAAAUGUGAUUGGAUUUGGAGCGCACACAGACCCACAAAUCAUCUCUGUGCUGAGAUCCAACAACACAUCUGGCCUCCAAAUUUCAUUGAAAGAUGGGAAUUGGAUUCCAGUCCCACCUGAUCAUAACUCCUUCUUCAUCAAUGUUGGUGACUCUUUGCAGGUUUUGACCAAUGGGAGGUUCCAAAGUGUGAGGCACAGGGUUUUGGCCAAUGGUUCAAAAUCAAGAGUUUCAAUGAUUUAUUUUGGGGGGCCACCCUUGAGUGAGAAAAUAGCUCCACUGCAAUCUGUCAUGAAAGGAGAGGAGGAAAGCAUGUACAAAGAGUUUACAUGGGUUGAGUACAAAACCUCUUGUUACAACUCAAGACUAGCUGAUAAUAGGCUUGGAAACUUUGAGAGAAUUGCAGCCUCAUAA